AUGCCUCCCUCUACCAUGACUCCCCCGCCCACGCCCCCCACCACCAUGCCCACCACCACCACGCCCACCACCCCCACCACGCCCACGACGCACCGCCCAAUCUACGCCGUCCCCACCACCAAACCCCCGACCCUACACCUCCCCAGCACCGCCACCACCGGAGCCGACUUCUCGCUCCAGCUAAGCCUGUACCUGAACGCGAAGCGCACCCGCCUCUCCCCGAACCGGCAGGCGCUGUCCUUCUCGCCCAUGGCUGAGCGCGACGUCGCGCUGGCGCAGGGCGCCGUGUGUGGCUCGUACAAGAUGCCAUACAUCCACGCCACGGCGCACUUCGACUCCCCGCUGGCCGAGGCGCGCGCGCUCGCCUUCUGGGCCGACGAGUGGAACUGCGAUUACCUCCAGUGCAAGCUUGACGUCCUCGCUGGCGCGCUUGUCGACCUCGGCGACAGCGGAGUCCAGACGCGCAUCACGAUGCUCGUCACUUCGCCCCAGGCGGACGACGACGCCGACCUGUUCCUCGAGUCGUUUGUCCUCUGCUGCCAUGAGACGGUCGUCACCCUCACCGUGUUUGAGCACGGAGGUGUCACGUCGUCGCCGUGA